AUGAAGCAGAAACUUAUCAUCAGUCUUCUGAGCAUUCUAUCUGCUAUAACAAUAUAUUUGCCAGAUGAAGUGACAUCAUUUCAACUUUGUCCUGAACAUGGUUCAACAGAUUUAUCUACAAUAAUUAAUUAUCCAAAUGAAAAAUUUUGCAAUGUUUAUCAUAGAUGUAAUUGUACAAGUACAGAAUGUUAUGCUGUUGAAUCUCAUGUUUGUCCUAUGGCAAAAGUUUAUUCAAAAACUAAAGAAACCUGUUUAGAUAUUGAAGAAGAAAGUUGUGGAACAACUUAUGUUCAAUGGGUACAAACUCAUAGUAGUAAAACUGAUAAUAGCAAAGAUGAAGUUGCUAUAAUGAUAUCAGAUUCUCUUCUUCCAUCAACAUCAAAUAAUGAUUUUGAAUGUGAACAAGAUCAACCGGGCAAAUUUAGCGAUCCAAAUAUUUGUAAUAUGUUUCAUGUUUGUAUUAGUCGAAAUGAUAAAAUAGUUGAUCAACCAUUUAUGUGUCCAUUUCCUGCGAUAUUUAAAACUGGUCCAUCAGGCAAUAUGUAUUGUGCUCAUCCAGAAUCUGAUGAUUGUAAAGGAAAAGUUUUCUUUCGUUCAGCAGAAGGUUCAACAACAAUGACUACAGAUAAUAAUGAUUCACUUAGUUAUCUUUUACCAAAAAAUACACUUAUGCUUGAUAAAUGUUUACAAUCAGGUUUAUAUGCUGAUAGUCUUUAUUGUAAUGCCUAUCAUAAAUGUACAAUAAAUGGUGAAGAUGAACAAUAUUUAUGUGAAAAUCAAUUACUUUUCAAUCCCGAAUCAAAUAUUUGUGAUUAUCCAAUUAAUGUUGUUUGUGGAGGUAAAGGUUUACUUCGUCGUCCAAUAGAUUUUUCAAAUGGUACAAUUAUAAAUUCAUCUUCUAUAAUGGUUUAUGGAACUGAACUUCAUCCUGAAUGUCCAUCGGAUGUUUCAAAUGUUUUAAUUGCUGAUAAAAAUUAUUGUAAUAUUUUUUAUCAUUGUCAAUCAGGUCAUGGUUCAGUUUAUAUGUGUCGUGAUGGCACAGCUUAUGAUUCAACAAUUCAAAAACGUGUUGGUUCAUGUCGUUUAGAAGAAUUUGUUGAUUGUGGUCAACGUUUAAUAUUAACAUCACAUGGUAAACGUUUACCAAUAAAUUCUAAAAAAGAAAAUUUAAAUAGAAAUCAAUAUGAUAUUGAAACAAAUGAAAAAAGAUCACCAUUAGGAAAAAGUUUACAAACAAGAUAUUCAAAUUUUAUUUUAUUACCACCAGCAAUGCAAAAUCAAAAAGUUAUUGUUAAUGUUCCAUUUGAUUGUAAAGGACAUAUUGAUGGUCAUUGGCGUGAUUUACGUUAUUGUGAUGUAUUUCAUGCUUGUCUUGCUGGUGAACAAAAACGUUCUUAUGGUUGUAAUCAAAUAGGUGAAAGAUUUUAUUUUGAUGAUACAUCACAAAAAUGUGAAUUUGCAAGCCGAAAUUUAAAUGGUUGUCAAUCAAAUCAAUAUUUUACAGCUAUUGAACCAAUACCAUCUGUACCUGGUUCACAAUUAAGUACAGAAGCACCAACUGAACCAUGGAAAGUCUUUAUUCAAUCACGUGAACAGUUUACUUGUUCAGGUACUAUUGGCAAACAGGAUGGUUUUUAUGCAAGUCGUUGGUGUAAUGUAUUUUAUCGAUGUUAUACAGGCAUAUCAAAUGCUUUUCUAUGUCCAAAAAUGCCAAGUGGUGCUCGUUUAUGGUGGGUACAACAUGGUUCACCACAAAGUGUUGCACAAGAAACAGCUGCAUGUACAUGGCCAUGUGAAACCGGUCGACGAUGUUCAAGUUCAGGUGGUAUUAUUGUUGAUUCAGGUUCAACAAUAAGUGAAAGUCAACAAGAAGCUGAAACUGUUUUUACUCAAUCACUUUGUACAACUGCAUCAUCAGGUGGAUCGGCAGGUGGUGGUUCUACAUCUUCAUCACCAGGUACUGAUAAAUUAACAAGAACAUUCUCUGUCGAUUCCGAUGUAAGCUGUGUUGGACAAGCCGAUGGUGUUUUUCUUAGCAGUCGUUAUUGUAAUGUAUUUCAUCGUUGUGUUAGUGGUAUUCGACGAGAUUUUCGUUGUCCACGUGCAACAAAUACUCCAUAUGAUCUUUGGUGGAGUCAACAAACUCAACAAUGUGAUUGGCCAUGUCGAAUACAAUGUUCGGGUUCUGUUUAUGGUACAUCAACAUCAUCUCAACAAGUUCGUACUGAAAAUGCUUUAUUAUUCAGUAAUGAAUGUGCUGGUUAUCAAAAUAAUGCAAAUAAUAUAUUUCUUAAUAAUCAAGCAAUAGUUUAUUCAUCAAAUUCUCAAGAAUCUGAUACAUUUCAUAGUUUAACAUCAAGAUUAAUUGAAAAUCCUGAUCCAAAUUUUAUUUGUAUACAAACUGGUAAAUUACCUAGUCGACGUUAUUGUAAUAUUUUUUAUGAAUGUUCAACAAUUGGUUUACCACCAAUACAAACAUUUGAAUGUCUAAAUAGUUUUUUUGAUCGUAGUCAAGGUUUAUGUAUAUCAAAAGAUCAAGUACCAUGUUUAGGUGGUAUAUAUCCAUAUGAUUCAAUACCAAUUGAUCGUAAUCCAGAUUCAUUACAAUGUUCAACAAAUUCAGGUUUUCAAUUACAUAUAUCAAGACAAUUUUGUAAUAUUUAUUAUUUAUGUGAUGGUACACAAACAACACCAACAACAUUUCGUUGUUUUGAUCGUCAAACACAAGAAGAAGGUAUUUAUGAUCCAUUUGCUGAACGUUGUGAUUCAAGACGAAAUUCAAAUUGUCAAAAUGCUAUUUUAAAUUUAAGUCAAACAAAAUUUCGUACAUUAUCAAUGGAUCAUUCACGUUUUCCAGAUUUAUCAAUAUUACCAUGUAAAUAUGAUCAAUCAUAUGUUAUUGAACAUGAACAAUAUUGUAAUUUAUAUCAUGUAUGUAAACAAGGUAAUUAUCAUUUAUAUGCUUGUAUAUCAAAUGCUAUUGAUAAUCAACCAACAUCAUAUUUCUAUCAACCAAAUGGACAAUGUGCAGCACCAUUAGCAACAUUAUGUCCAAAAACAAAAAGUGUUUUUAGUUAUGAACGUUUAUUAGCUCGUGCAAAUAGUGGUUUAUUUCAACCAUUUAUUAUGCCUGAAGAAAAACAACAAUAUAAUUUUGGUUCAAUACCAAUACAAGAACGUGUUGAACCUGUACCAAAAUGUCGUGAAAUGGAUAAUUAUAUUAUUCCACAUGAACGUUAUUGUAAUCUAUUUUAUGGUUGUAAAGAAGGUGAACUUAUAUUAUAUGCAUGUGUUGAUCGUUUAACUAAUACAUAUGGUGGAGUAUUUCAAUCAUCAACAGGAAAUUGUAUUGCAUUAAAUGAAUGUUUAACAAAUGAAUUUUUUCGACCAAAUGAAGUAACAACAUUACGUCCAAAUUCAGAUGUUUUAUUUCGUUCAUAUACAAUGCUUGAAACAUCAAAUGAAACACAAAAAAUAAAUGAAACACUUGAAAUAAAAAGUUCAUUUUCAUGUUUAAAUCAUUUUGAUGGUUAUUAUGAAUCUGAAUGGUGUAAUAUAUUUUAUCGUUGUUUUUCGGGUAAACUUUUUGCUGAACGUUGUCCAAUAGCUGGUAGUCAAUCAUCAUCAAAUUAUGAUCUUUGGUGGAGACAUCAACAUUCAACAUAUAAUACAACAAAUCCUCAAUAUAUUAGUGGUUUAGAUCAUUUGCUUAAAUGUGAAUGGCCAUGUAAAAUUCAAUGUAAAAAACCAAUAUGGAUAUCAAGAAAUAAUACAAAAGGAAGUGCUAAUGAAGUAUUAAAACAAGAUCAAGAACAAAGACCAGGUUGUUCAUUAGUUACGACUAAAAAAAUUGAACAUUCAAUACAAAUACCACAACAAAUGAUUAUGUAUUCUGAUAUACCAAAUCCAUCAAAUUAUUCAUGUCCAUUAUUUAUUGAAGGUAUUAAAAUUCGUAUGCCUGAUCCAAAAUAUUGUAAUGUUUUUUAUGAAUGUACUAAUACAAAACUUAUUGGAUCAUAUUUUUGUAUUGAAUCACAAUAUGAUCCAAUUGAAAAUGAUUGUGUACCAUUAACAAUAAAUAAUAAUUGUCCACCUGAACGACGUUAUACAUAUUCACGUUCACGUUUAGCUGCACAAUCAUCCAUCACAGCAUAUUAUGAAGCUGUUGAAGUACGAAGUGUUAAUCCAAGUGGUUAUGAAUGUAUUACUGAUGGUAUUCAUACAGAUCCAAUGUUUUGUAAUUUAUUUCAUGCAUGUUCGGGUCGUACACGACGAACAUUUCAAUGUCGUCAAACAGGUACAGAUGGUAUUAAUGAUGGAGUAUCAACAUUUGAUUUAAAUACAAAAAGUUGUACAAGAUUUUCAUCAUAUUCAUGCUCAACUUUACUUUAUAAUCAAGAAUUUGUUAUUUUACCUGUUAUGUUUAAACCUCCAACUGUUUCACCAUGUGGUAAACAAGGAUUUUUUCCUGUUUCUGAUGUAACAGCACAAUAUUGUAAUAUGUUUGCAUGGUGUCCAAAAGGACAUGGAGAAGCUAAAGUAUUUGAAUGUGUACCAUCCAUAAAUGGUGCACAUUUAGGUGCAUUUGAUAUGUCAAGACGUUCAUGUACAUCUCGUACAUCAUGUCCACAUGCACGUCAUUCAUCAAGAUAUAAUACAAGUUUAUUGGCCAUGACAUUAAGACCAAAAGUAGUUAGUAUUGGUAAACGUAAACAAUUUUCAUUAACAAGUACAAUGCUUGAAAAUGGAUAUAUUGCAUUGGGUACAGAUUUUCAAACAACAUUUUCAUGUCCAUUAGGUACAACGGGAUUUUUUUCAAAUCCAAAUUAUUGUGAUGUUUUUCAUUAUUGUUAUGAAACGGGUGAAUUAUCAUCAUUUGUUUGUGCAUCAAUGCCUAAUCGAUAUCAAUUAUGGUGGAGUCAUCAAAAUGAACAAGGUCGACCAGAUAAUAUUUUCUGUGAUUGGCCAUGUAAUUUACAUGGUGUUUAUGCUUGUCCAGCUCAUAAAUCAGUUCUUAUGCGUGAUAGACAACCAAGUGGUAAUAUUGCACAACAAGAAGUUAUUGAAGCUACAUGUUCAUCAGCUCAAGUACCAACUGCAGCUGUUCUUGUUAAUAGUUUCACACCAGAACCUGCUGGAAUGAUGACUCCGACAUUUUAUCCAGCACCUUCACCAAGUGUAAACAAUGUUCCACAAGCACCUUCUUUUGCUGGUUCAGGUAUCAGUUCAUCUGUACUUGGAUUUCAACCAUGUGCACCAUCGAAUGAAUGGUAUGUUAGUCAGCCAACAAUUCGAUGUAGUACAUCAUUUGCUGUAACUGGUUUUGCGCCUGAUCCAAAAGAUUGUUCGAAAUAUUAUGUUUGUGAUUCUUAUGUUGGACGUGAUGGAAUGGCAACAGGUAUUUUAAUGCAAUGUUUAGCUGGUUUAUGGUGGGAUCAACAACGACGUACAUGUGUACUUCCAUCUGAAGUUGCAUGUAAUCCAUAUAAUAUAAUUAAUUCACAAGGACAAGGUGCAAUUGUUGAUAAUAAUCCAAAUAUUAUGUAUCAACCAGCAAUACCAUCAUCAGUUCCUCUUCCAGCUUUUCCUACAACGCCAGGUGUUUCUUUUCCACAAACACAACCACAGCCAUCUGUUCAAGGUGGUUCAGGAUCAAAUGGAGCACCAUGUCGUGGUGUUCCACUAUGUAUUGAUGUUGGACUAAAUAUUCUUCAACAAAUGAAAGGCAUUCCUGGUCGUCCGGGAUGGUUUUAUAAAUGUGACAGUCAAUGUGCACUUGAAAUGCGUUGUCCACCAGGUUUAGUUUUUGAUGAUUUAUAUCAACGAUGUGAAUGGCCUGGUGCUGGUGGUGGUAUUCAAUUACCAAAUCAUCGUUUAAGUAGUUUAAGAAAUAAACAAGAUCAAAUAAUAAAUGAAAUGAAACAAAUGAAUUUUAUGACAACAAUAAAACAAAAAAUUUCAACAGUACCACCAUUAAACAAAGGAUAUAAAGUGGCCGAUCCAUAA